AUGGAAGCCGGCGCCCGCUUUCCUGCUGCUGCCACCCCUCCGGCGUCUGCUGGGGCGGCCGCAGUCCAGGGCGAUGCCGAGAGCGAGCCCGAUGAUGAGCGCUGGUCGCUGAGCGAUGGGGAGCCGGAGGCGAUCCCUGCGAAGAACGGCGAACCGUCUGAUGCAGACGUGGAUGCCGCCAUGGCUGCAAAGGGCGAGGCCGCGGAGCUGCACGGCGAAGGCAAGCAGGAGGAGGCGAUCGCCAAAAUGGGCGAGGCGCUAGCGUACAACCCCGGCAAUGCCAUGUACUGGGGAAUGCGCGCGCUGUACCACCUGGAAUUCAACAAGCCGCGCGCGGCCCUGCACGACGCCAACAAGGCUCUCGAGCUCAAUCCGCAGAACGUGCGCGCGCUGCGUGUGCGCGGCACCGUGAACCGCCAUCUUGGCCACUGGGAGGACUCCCUGAAGGACCUCAGCGCCGCCCAGGCGAUCGACUACGAUGACAAGACGAACGAAACGCUGAAGUACGUCCAGUCCCGCGCCACACAGCGCCACAAGCGGCAACUGGCGCGGCAUCACGCUGAGGAGGAGGCUGCUGCAAGACGGCAGGAGGAGCUGCGCCGUCAGCGCCAGAGGGAAGCCGAGGAGGCUGCAGCGGCUGCGGAGGCGCAGGCGGCGCCGGGGAGCAUGCCCGGUGGCCUGCCUCGCGGCUUCCCUGGCGGGAUGCCUGGUGGGAUGCCUGGUGGGAUGCCGGGAGGGAUGCCGCCUGGUAUGGAGUCCGUCCUACAGGACCCCGAGAUCAUGGUCGCCAUGCAGGACCCCGAGGUGGCGCCGAAACUGGCCCAGAUGAUGCAGAACCCCAUGGCCGCGAUGAGCAUGAUGAACGACCCAAAGGUGGGCCCUGUCAUGCAGAAGAUCAUGGCGAAGAUGAUGGGUGGAGGAGGUAUGCCAGGCGGCAUGGGUGGCAUGGGCGGUAUGGGUGGCUUUCAGGGUGCUGGCGGCAUGCCCUCUCACCGUGGUGCUGCUGACGGCGCGUCGGGCUCGACUCGGAGAGACGAUCUCGACUAA